AACUGCGGGGGUUCCAGCUCCAAGUCUCCAACCGUCUCAUCUGGUUCCGCCAUUACAGGCACUCCAAGCGCACCCUGCUUCCGCCAUCCCAUCGGUGGUCUCCUCGGGCCGUGGCACCGGGCCGGCCUACCCCUCCGGCCUGACGGCGAGCUCCUCCUCCGCGCCCAAGCCCUCCGGCCUCUCGACCGUGUCGCGGCGUCCGCCCUCCCGCUUCCGAGCGCGGUUCUCCGCCGUGAGCAUCGCCACCGCUUCGUUGAGAUCCCCUCCACGCCCCCUCCGCCUUCCUUCUGCGGCUGCGCCUACGCGCCGACGUGACGCGACCUGCCUCUGCUUAUCCGUCUCUGGGCCGGCGGGUGCCUGCUACAUGUUCGACCAAAUGGUUCAGUGCCCGUUUCUCCUUUCUCUUACUAGUUUUACAACUUCCAGAAAAUCGUGAUCCUGCGCUACCAAGCCUUAUGGCAGUUCCAUCUGAACCCGCCACUGCCAUCACCGCGAACCGGGACUUUGGAAAUUCGACUGGGUUUGAUCAUUCUGUACCAAGUCUGCUUGCAUUUGACCUAUUGCCGGGCUAGCUUCAUCACUCAAAUAAAGGGUCAUGGUUCAUCUUUACUUCGAGAUCUAACUCUCCAUAGCAAUAAAUUCUACAAAUAUGACCAGCUUCAAUCUGCUUCGAAAUUAUGGUACUUAUCUAUCGUUCUGGGAUAAUUAUCUACUAUUUUAUUGUGCUGGCCUAUUUUCAUGAGCAUUCCUUUCUAUGCCUGAAACCACUUUUCAGUCUUGACAUGGGAUACCGAGUAUUCAUGCCCUCCUACACCUUCCUACAUGGUGUAUGUGAGAGCACUGCAUUGCUGGGGGAUUUAUCCUGAUAUCAGUAGUAAUAACUCAGCACUGCAUUGCUGGGGAUUUAUCCUGAUAUCAGUAGUAAUAACUCAAUAUGUCAGCUAAUUUUGCAUGCUGUAUUCAUCAGAUCCUGUUCACAUUCCUAAUAAUUGAGUAGCUUGGGUUUCUCAUAUAGCAUUAAUUAACGGUAUUGCAUCUCAAUAUAGUGGAACUUUUCAAGCAACUUUUAAUCUUGAUGUUGUUCUGUUGUUUUUGCAUGGAACUUCUUAAUAAGCUGUAGGUAAUGUGUUGUCGGCCUAAUAAUACAUACACUUUUUGUUAUGACCAUUGCAACUCAUGUCGAACUACUGUUGCUUGGGAAAUAAAAAUGUUGAUAACCUUUUCCGAUGCAAUCUAUCAGCGUGUUGUGUUAGAAUUUUCUGCCUUCUACAACUAAGGAGUUAGGACCAUGCUGUAUUGCUGUGUGCUUAUCAGGUCGUAUACGUUCAACUACAGCGCCAAUUAGUUGGAUUCCCAUGUUACUAAAAAAAGGAAACUAAAUUUAACGUAGACAUAUUCAAGCGUGUAACUAAAGCAAAUAACACUAAUUUCUCCAUUUAAUUUAGUUUUUACAAGUGCAAUGACAACUUUUGCUGCCUUCAAUUUACUGUUCCUCUGGUAUGGCGGGUGUAUCACCAGGAUCUUAGCAGCCAUGCCAUCUGAUGCUUUAAUUGGGAACUUUCAACCGGUGAGGUAACCGAGAAUUCCUCCAAAGUCUUACCACUGUUAAGCAGAAAAUUUGCAAGUAUUCUUUCGAGUUGCCGUCCUUUAUAAUUUACAAUGUUGAUUCUGCUAAGUUUAUGGCCCAAGCAUCUGAUGUACAACUGCCACAAACUAUCGGUCACAUGGCUACUACAGUCGACCUCAUCGCCACUGUCAUCUUCAGUCUCGGUACGCGAUUCGCCAUGGGACAUACAGCAGUACACUUCCUUCUUUUGAGGCUGUCCCAGAGGAAACGGCGACAAUACUUCCAGGUUCUUGGUUUCACGAAGCAAGACGGUGACAGACCGGACGGCAUGGCCCUCGCGCAGGCAGCCUUUGAGGCCCAACUGCCUAAGAGGUAGCCCCCGAACAGCAUCUGCAAGCAAGCUGCUGUGGUAAGCCAUUGAUGGUUGCAAGGAAAGGUGGAGAUACGCCAGCUCGGUGCACUGGUUGAUGAGUCCUGUGACCGGAGCAACCUCAGUCGAUUUCCUUUUGGAGAGGUCUUCACAGAUUUCAAUCGUCAGCGCCAUGACUCCUUUUUAGUUUGCAACAUCGAAGGGCGACUCAUGGGGAAUGCCGCCUUUGUAGUGCAGAGACCGCAAACGUGAGCUGUGCAGCUUGACGAGGCUGGCAUGGUGGCAGCAGAUCAUGGCGAACCUCCACAGACCGCAGGUGAGCGCUCUCCACCAAGAUCUCGCUGACGCUUGGGAGCUCCUGCAGUGUCAAGUCGGCAAGGCUGGGCAGCUUGAGAGCAGCAGCUGUAGCAUCCCUUUUGGGUCCAUGAUUUUGACGAUGUAGAGCGUCUGCAGAGACGACCACGCCCUGGGGCAGGUUGAGCGUCCAGUUCGCGAGCCUCAUGUGGCGGAGCGUGAUGCACCGAAGAGAUGGUGCCGCGCCUUGACGUUUAUAUUCCACUGGUGGACGUCGAAGUUCCCCGAGGCCUUCUCCGACGAUCAUGCGUCCGGGCUCGUGCUAGUACCUGAGCUUGAUGUCGAUCUUCUCAACGCCGGAGGUCACAGUGGAGACGACCCACUGGUCUAGCAGGCCGGAAGGUGGGUACAAGGCGUCGAGGCGGAAGGUGCAGAUGGGCGUCCCGGGGGGCUUGUCGAGGAUCGUGACGGUCACCAUCUGGCUGAAGCAGACCUGCUUGUCCGAACAUCAUUCCCGCUUGCCUUUCUUGGGGUCGGCGAGGGCGAUGACCGGGACGGUCGCGUAGAUGCCGCACUACCGGCAGGACAACGCGCUGGUGGGCACGGCCUUGUCAGAUGGGAGGUGGGAGAGCACGAGCUGGAGCGCCCUAUCGGGGAGGGCACCGGUCCUCCUGCCUCUUCAUCUCUACCCUGUAUUUGUUCGUGUAUGUGCCCGCAGACGGUGAUACGGGAGCCGGCCAUCUAACUGUGUCCGCAUACAUAUCAAACUGGAUAUAAACAAACUGGUCAAUGCAAGCAUGAUGAUUUUCAUUAAACCCAGACUAAAUCAUUACAUUUUUGGCAUAUUUCAUUAAACAAAAGCAGUCAGACCCUAACCUAAUCUAAAUCUUGCGGGCACCCGUGCUCCAAGUCCUUGUUGGGCCCCAGGAAGUGAAGGUGUGGUUAUCGAGAGGAAGAGUAGGACAUGGGACAUGGAAAGGCUCACAUGAGACACGACAAGAGGCGUCGUCGCCUCCCAUGCCCUACUCCUCGUCGGAGUCCACUCCUUUGCCGUCGCUGGUGGAGGUGAGGUCGGCGAUGGAUGUGGACGGGCCGGCUUUAUGGUCAUAGCAAAGGUGCAGCUGUGGCGUUCCUGUUCGCGACCGCCUCCCUAUGUGCUCUCAGACAUUCAGUUGUACUUGUCCCACGAAUCUGCGACUGUGUCAUAUGCAAGCAUCCGCAAUGCAGCCGUGCGCUUCUGGUAAUCAGAGAAUCCAAUCCUUCCUACGUCAUCCUUUUUUAGGAUGAAGUAGUCAUCAUAGGACUAGACUUCAUUGUAAAGGCGAUCAAAGACAAUUUGUCGCAUCCAAAAGCGUCGGUGAAAAUUGCCGUGAAAUAUGGCAUUGGGGGCAAAGUACUCGUCCAUCAGCAUCAAAUGCCUCGUGCCCUGUUGCGAUUCAGUACUCGAUGACCCUUGAUUGAUCCCUUGAAAUUGAGGACAUGCUCUUUUGCACUCUCCGCGUCUCCAAGGACUGCCUGCAUCAUUGUUGCUUCAUCGGCAUAAUCCUCCUCGUCGAAUGAGUUGCCGGACGAAUCAACAUAGUGCUCGUAUAUGUACUCCAUGUCUGAAUCCAUUGCUUCAAAGAAAGGAACCAAAAGUUUAGCACGGGCAUUUCACCAAACACUUGUCGGGCGUGGUGACACCCGUUGGGGCGGAUGGUAUGGUACCUGCGCAGCGUAUGAACGAGAGGGGUGGACCAACAGCGAAGGACAAGUGGCAUGGCAACCCGGUAUAGCGGUGGAGGUUGCGGAGGUCCCGGAGGGUUUGGUGGGCGGCCGGGAUGGUUAGCGGCGACGUCAGUGAGGGACGAAGUAGAUGCAGUGAAAGAGGGAAGAAUGAACACGCAGGAUAGGGGCGGGGUUUUGGAUGGACCAGACCAUAAAGGCCCCAUAGUUUGUUUACGGUUUGCUGGAAACCGGACGUCCGGACCGGUCCGCGGACCGGCGUUGGACGACCAAACGCAUUCAGACCGCUCGGUUUGGACGGAUGCAGGGCAUCUCCAACGCACGAUCCCAAAUGGACGCCCAUUUUGUUCGGAUUUCGUCCGUUUGGGGAUAGCAACGGAACGACGUCCGCUCGCUUUUUGUGAUGCGUUGGCCGUGCGCCUAACGCUCGGCCGCAUCUGGUCCGCGAGGUGCUUGUAUGCACACAUUUUUUAUUUCAUCAAUGGCAUUUUGAAAUGUGAUAGUACAUUCACCAAUUCUCAACUAGAAUAGCAAGACCAAAGUUAACAAGAACCACAAGUAGCCAUUUUAAUAGAAAUCCAACUUCCAUAACUGCUUUCACAAGUUGGAUUAAUAUCUUCUCGAUGCUUUCAUUGUUGAUAUGUGGAUUCUCGAUCCUGUAUAAUUCUUUUUUCUUCGAUUCUAAAGUAGACGUUGCUUCGCAUCUAAUCUCAUCUCUAGCCUCUAUUCUAGCAAGGAGUGCACAAGCAUCUAUCAAAUUUCGCCCAAUCAAUAGAUCGCUGUAUUCUUCUUCCCAAUACCAAAAUUUGCAUUCAUCCUACACACAAAUUAGCUAUUGAAAUUACGCUGAAUCCAGAAGCACAACCGACAUAUACCUUAUCUUUUUUAUACUUGAUGAACACCCAUCCUGGAUGUAUCGGCGUGGUAGAAACGUGACGAACGACUUGCCGCGAGCAGUCGUCGCAUUUUAUGAGCAGCAACGGUGAGCCAACUAGCCGUUGGGCCAGCGCAGAGCCCAGACGACGGCUGGGCGUAUUUUUGUCGGUGCCGUUCCGGCGGGGUAGAUCCGAGCGGCUAGAGGCGGAGUCAAUGCCUGCAUGCGGUGCAGAGGUAUUGCCAGGGCUGUGUGAUCCGGUGCCUGGCCAAUUCAUGGCUAGGCAUAGCCACCGGCGGCCGGAUGCUGUCGGAUGCACAUAAAUCAGGUGGCCAGAUAUGCUCAAAUCCGGCGGCCCGGCUGGACAACGACGCGGCUGAGACAAAGGCCUGGGGGGUAGGGGGCGGGCGCGGGAGGAGGGAGGCGCUGGGCUGGACAGGGAGGUGGCCGAGAAAAUGGCGGUGGCGACGAUGGCGGGGUAGGGUUCGGGGGGUUUUGGGGCGGCUGGGGGAGAAUAAGGGGCCCCUGUGUCCCCGACGGGCGGGCUAGGGAAGGACACGGGCACGCGUCGCGCCUGUCCACGCUUGUCCAUUUCGACGCAAACGGCCCAAAGUUAGGCCAGGAAUGGGUCGAUAGCGGACGAAAAACAGAUGUUUGUCCGUUUGCUCCCACGUGUUGGGCGGUGUUUUGUGUCUGUUUACCUCCAAACUAACGCGGCCAGACCAUUUGGGGUCGUGCCUUUAGUUGCCCUUAUGCACCAACCCUUUUUGAAAAUGUCACAUAUAUACGUUCGCGUAGUCGUUGCACAUAUGGCGACGAGCGCAGUGGAGCGAGUAACCAGUUGCUGUGAGGUUUUCAGAUCCUUUGACUAAGUGUCAACCUUCUUGCCCCUACCGUCACUCAACCGCUGGAUGUGCUAAUCGGCACAGUUAAAACAGAUCGAGAAAGGACGUGGUAUGCACCAAAGUUUUUUGGAAAGGUCGCAUAUAUACAGCGUAGUCGUUGCCACAGAUGGCGACUAGCGCACUGGAGUGAGUCAGCUGUUGCUGUGAGAUUUUCUGAUCCUUGACUAAGUGUCAACGCUUUUGCCCCUGCUGUCACGCAUGUAUAUAUGCAUGUAACUCUCAACUGGACUUGACUGGAGUGAGCAAGCUGUUGACUGAGAAUCUGUAUGUGUAUAUAUUAUGUGCUCGUCACUCCACUACCAUCCAUCGUCUCCAAAACUUGUCUGCUGAACCUCAAUCAAUCAUGUUGCGCCGCACACCACCGAUGCAGCUGGCAGUGGCUCUACUCUGCCUCCUGAGCAUCUCCGGCGAGCUUUUGAUGCCCCUGUGUGAGGGGUGUGUGGAGGCCGACAAGAAAGCGCUUCUGGACAUCCAGAGCCAGCUCUCCACGCUGCCGCACAUCGACUGGGAGUACUGGUGGGACUGGGACUCGAGUGACGGGCAUUGCUGCCAGUGGCUGGGGGUGAGCUGCAACUCCCGCUCCGCCCGUGUGACGGACCUCGAUCUUAAUGCAUAUGUUCCUUCUCCGUGGCUCCUCAACGCUACUAUGUUCCUCCCGUUCCAAGAGCUGCAGACCCUGUCCCUGGUUCUAAAUAUAAAGGGUUGCAUAGCUGGUGCAGGUUUCGAUGUGUGGUCAAAAUUACGAAAAUUAAGAAGCCUUGAUCUAUCUGGAAAUAUCUUAAGUGCCGAUAGCAUCCAAUCCUUGGUUGCAGUUUCAUCACUGCGGCGCCUGUCCAUCAGUUCAAAUGACUUGACCUCCCCCGUGGCGAUCCAACAUUUGAGUACAAUGAAGCUGGAUACUCUUGAUCUAAGCGAUAAUGCAUUCAACGGCACCUUACCGACAGGUAUUUGCAACAUGGAAAAUCUUGAAGAAUUACAUCUUGAUAACAGUACGUUGUUUGGAGAGCUUCCAUCGUGCAUAGGGAAUCUUACUUCUAUCAGAAUCCUGGAUUUGUCAGACAAUACCUUAUCUGGGGAGCUUCCAUCGUGCAUAGGGAAUCUUACUUCUCUCAGAAUCCUGGAUUUGUCAGAUAAUACCUUAUCUGGGGAGCUUCCAUCGUGCAUAGGGAAUCUUACUUCUCUCAGAAUUCUUGAUCUGUCAAAUAAUCUAUUUACAAUAAAGUUUCCCUCUCUUAGCUUGGCCCAUUUGACUUCAUUGGUAAAACUUUCCCUCGCCAAUAACAAUCUUGAAGGAGUUCUCUUCCUGGGUUCCUUGUCAAACAGUAGCCAAUUGGUACAUCUGGAUCUUUCAAGCAGUGGUAACCAUUUUCAAGUCGAAACUGUGACUCCAACAAUGAGCCUGUCAGCUCAGCUCCAGGUUAUGGUACUGCAAAACUGUAACCUUAGUGGCAAUUCUGCCGUUAUAUUAAGUUUCUUAUUGCACCAACAUGCACUAGAAGCUGUUGAUAUGUCUAAUAAUAACCUAAGUGGUUGCUUCCCUUCAUGGUUGAUAGAGAAAAAUGUGAACCUGCAAUCUUUAAAUCUGCAAGGCAACUCCUUUAGUGGAAUUCUUCUCCUUCCAUCCAAAGUACAUGACGCUCUGAUCUGGCUGGAUGCAUCUCAUAAUAGACUAAGCAAAUUACCUACGGGCAUCAACAUCACAUUCCCAAAUCUGUACUUUGUAAACCUGUCGAGGAAUUCCUUCCAGGGCAUCUUUCCUUCUGUGCUUCACCAUAUGGAUAGACUAACAUUUUUAGACUUGUCUAGCAACAAUUUCUUGGAUAACAUAGCGUCCGCCUUCAAUGGAAGCAAGUCCAAUAUCCGUUCUUUGUUCCUGUCUGACAACAAUUUCUUUGGUUCAUUCCCUCAAGGCAUACUAUUAGCUUCCACUUCCACCUAUCAUCUACUACUCAACGAUAACCAAAUCACCGGGGAAAUCCCUGAUAAUAUAUGUCUUGGUCAGAACCUUACUUUGCUUGAUGUCAGCAGUAACAAGUUGACUGGCUCUCUCCCUACUUGCAUAGAUGCACUCGAAAAUAUUGCCAUCUUGAAUCUAAGAGGCAAUUCAUUGGGUGGAUCGAUUCCACUGGAAUUAUGCCACCUUAAAAAGCUUGUGUUCCUCGAUAUGUCAAAAAACAACCUUUCCGGUCCAGUGCAAUGCUUGCCCAGUUUGCAGUAUCUUCACCUGAGUGAAAAUCGACUAAAUGGAACGUUUCCUUUCCUGUUGUCCUCUGGAACUGAUACAUACACAAUGGAUCUACGGCAGAACCAAUUCAGUGGAAUCCUUCCAGACUUGAUGCACAAGUCCUUUCCAAAGCUAAAAGUAUUGUUGCUCAAAGGAAAUAUGUUUGAAGGACUGAUUCCAAAUGAUAUAUGUCACUUAAAGUAUUUGCGUCUACUAGAUUUGUCUCAUAAUAAGCUCUCUGGACAGGUACCUUCAUGCCUGAGCAAUAUGGGGGUAGAUGGCGAUUUGUAUAGCUUCCUAUACAAUGACUCAGAUACUUCAGUCUACAUGAAUGAUACCUAUGGCUUUGAUGAUUUUGGGGGCGUAGUAGGUAGUUCCCCCGUGCCUGCAUUUUUCAUAGGACCAGACCAAGAAGAAUUCAUGACUAAGAGCAGGCAAGACAAAUACAAGGGAAGCAUCCUCAGUUACAUGUCUGGACUUGACUUCUCUUCAAACCAGUUGGAAGGAUACAUUCCUAAAAGUAUAGGUGACAUGAAAUGGUUACGGGCACUGAAUUUUUCCAACAACUGCUUUCAUGGACCAAUACCAGCUUCCUUGUCACAUUUAAGUAAUCUCGAGAGCUUGGAUCUGUCGCACAACAACUUGACAGGUCAAAUACCGCAAGAGUUGGUAGAACUACAUUCUCUGGAGGUAUUCACUGUGGCGUACAAUAACUUGUCCGGUCCUACAUUGGGUAGAAACGGCCAAUUCAUCACAUUUGAUGAGAGCAGCUAUGCAGGCAAUCCAUAUCUCUGCGGACCACCACUGCUGAAGAGUUGCUUUGAUGCACCGUCGAUUCCUCAGCCUGAAGAACAUGAAGAUGAUAGUAAAUUUGCCAAUCUGGCACUAUUCAGUUUUUUCAGUGUUGUGCUACCUGAUUGGUUUCUGGACCUCCUUGGUUGUGCUUUAUUUCAAGAGAAGCUGGCGAUGGUCAUGGUUUUCAGCAGUGGACAGGCUUGGUGACAUUCUGAUGGUUAGGUCAGCUUUAUGCAUGAGAAGGCUUAACCGCACCGACUGACCCGUCCGGAGUGUCGCAGAAUUCAUCCUUUAGUAACUAUUAAGUGACAUUAAUAAUAUGUGUAAUACGGCUUUAGAUUUCUGAUGCUA